ACAGCCGCCGCACUUCCUCCUCGCGCUGUUCCCUCCGCCGCGUCGGUUAGAUCCGGGGAGUUUCUCUUCGCGGAGACUCAAAUCGCAUCAGUGGGCGACAGCAAACACACGCAGCCUCCUCUCAACCGCUCCUGCCGCUGUCAUCAAGGACGAAAACCACCAGCAAACACUCACCACACCUGGAUCUAUCUCUUAAAGCCGUGUAUUUCCACCUGAUGUGAGAGAGUGUUUUGCAGGGAGCAGUGAUGGGCGCGUUUGGAGUGAUUCUGAGGAGUUUACAUUGUAUGGGACUCUACAUCCAACUUAGUGCCAGUCUCAGACAAGCUGGAAGCGACGACGUGGAGAACCACAUAUCCAACAACGCGGUGUUCACAGAGGUCCCUCAUGACAUCACGGCGCAGAGCGGGCAGGAUGUGGAGAUGGCCUGCUCCUUCAGAGGCGCCGGAUCGCCCUCCUACUCACUGGAGAUUCAGUGGUGGUACAUCAGGAACCACAGAGAAUGGACUGAUAAGCAGACGUGGAGCACCAAUCAGGUGGUGCCGCAGAAUGAGAUGUCAAAGGACGCCACCAAAAUCAGUGUGGUGAAGGUUGCCGGAAGCAACAUCUCCCACAAGCUCCGUCUGUCCAGCGUGAAGCCGGCGGACGAGGGAACGUACGAAUGCCGCGUCAUCGACUUCAGCGACAGCAAGCUGCGACACCAUCGCGUGCGAGCGUACCUGCAGGUGGAGCGUCCUGAGGGGAACGCGGCUCCUCCGGUCCAUCAGGGGGCGACGUCACAAGAGGAGGCUCUGCAGUCUGACCACCACAAGCACCAGCCGGCCCACCACGCCCAUCACAAACCCGGCCGCGAGCUCAGGAAGAGGUCCGCUGAUGAUAGUACCACUGACUGCACUGAGAGCUGCGCGCUUUAGGUUCCUCUUACCUUCAGUUACUACCCCACCCGAGCACCUGGUCACCCACACCACCCAAAUACCCAUAGUUCCUCACGCCAACCCCUAAACUAGGGAUAGCUCACCUGAAAAUGAAAAAUCUGUCAUUUACUCAUCCUCAUGUUGUUCCAAACCCAUAUGACUCACGUUCUUAUCUUAAAAGAAAAAAAAACAGGGUUUUUUUUUUUCAUUUUUUUUUUUUUAUUUAUUAGCCCCUGGUCACUCUCCUUUUUUGUCCUUUUUGAAGCUUUGUUUUAUUUCAUAGCAUUUUUUUAAUCUGCAAUUAAUUUUUCUGCAAUAUAAUUAAUUUUGUGUUUUUUGUAAAAAAAAAAAAAAAAAAGAUAGUGAAACAUGUCUUUUUUAGUUUUUUGUUGUCCUUAUUGAAGCUUUAGUUAAUUUUAUUUAUUUAUUUUGAAGCUUUGUUUUAUUUUAUUUAAUGGUUGUUUUAUUUGACAUUUUAUUUGAUUUUAUGUUUUUGUCCUUUUUGAGGCUUUUUAUUUUACCUCAUUUCAUUUUCUUUAGCCUAUGGUCACUGUCUAUUUCCAAAGAACAGCUUAAAUAUUCUGCUAAAUAAAUUAUUUUGAGUUUUAUGGAAGAAAGUUAAUCUAUUUUAUUUUAUUUAUUUUUAUAUUUUAUUGUCUCUUUUUGAAGCUUUAUUAUAUUUUAUUUCAUUUUAAUUAAUUUUAUUUAUUUUAUCUAAUUUAUUUUAUUUUAUUUAUUUUAUUAUUUUUAAUAGCCCCUGGAUCUACUUCCAAAGAGCAGCUUAGACAUUCUGCAAAAUCAAUCAUUUUAUGUUUUAUGGAAGAAAGUGAGUCACACAGGUUUGAAGCAACAUGAGUGUUGAGAGAGUACAUAAUGACAAAAUUUUAAUUUUUGAGUGAACUAUCGCUCUAACAAAAGAUGUAUAUUUCUGUAUAAAAACGAAGGUAGAUGUCUGUUCAGAACAGCGAGUGCAUGACAAACAUUUCUAAUAAUAUUUGCCAGUGAGCAAGAAACCAAAUUAGACAGCUGAUUUAAACUCUUUGGUCAUUCUUAGUUUGAUCAGAUUCAUGGUUUUGAUACGAUGUAUAGACAGCUAGAAGCGGCAGAACAAAGUGAAUGUUUGAAAUAUUCUUCAUCAGGUCUAAUCGAUGACAUUUACAUGCUGUAAUAUUACUAUCAUUGUUUACAUGUAUAAUGUUACAGGCACCAGUCUGAGGGUUUUAUUCUGGACUGGCAUCACCGAUGGCACAAUGCGAUUUGAUAGGUGCCAGCUUUUGCAAAUAUGUUUCAUGAAGCUUUUGUGUCAAUGGAAGGAUGGUGCGCACACAAUAUUUCGACGUUUUGUGGUUUUUAUGCAGCUUUAAAAAGAUCCUGAAAAUACUCACAGUAUGUUUAAUGGUAGCCUAUUAACAACGGCUUCGUUUCUGGUUUCUUUGAUCUUUACAGUUUGAUUCAAUAGUUCUUUUUGUUUCUGGAAGUAAUACAUGUACAGAUUGUGUAUAUUACGUAAUCCUACAAAAGACUGGUUUCACCUUCAAUGUAUGCCUUUAUCAAAUAAAAAACAU